AUGAAGUCGCAGCGACAAGCCGUCCUCCUCCUCGUCCUGCUCCUAACUCUCACCCUAGGAGUCUACGCCAAAGAUAAGCCCAAGAUCGAGAAGACUCGCUUCGACGACCAGCCGCAGAACCUUUUCUACUUCGAGGACAGCGAUGUCGUGCUAGUCACCGACCCUUCCCAGCGGACAGCCUACCGAUCCGAAGAUGCAGGCGUUACCUGGAACAAGCUGGACGGCGUGGGGGAGGAGCAGGUGUUGGAGGUGUUGAAGCAUCCAUACGACAACAAGGUCGCGGUGGUGAUAGGGACGGACAAGAAGCAUUGGACCACACGGGAUCAAGGCAAAUCGUGGAAGAAAUGGAAAUGCGACAAGCAGCCGACGCUGAUGCGCCCAGCCAUCAGCUUCCACGCCACGGACCCGGAUCGCAUGCUGUUCUUCACGGCGGAGUGCCAUGGGCUGACGGAUUGCGAGGAGAGUGUGUGGUAUACGACGGACGGCUUUAGCUCGGAUCCGGAGCUCCUGCGCAAAGGGGCGGUUUCGUGCUUGUGGGCGAAGAGCACCGACCUGUUUACAACUGGCAACGACAAGCUGGAUGAUAACCGAGUACUGUGCAUCGUGGAAGGGUCGUUCAGCCCAUUCUCCGCCAACUACAGGUUACUCACUUCGGACAACUUCUUCAAGGACGAGGAGCAGCCGACGAUGAACGAUGGCAACACUCCGACUGGGUUCAUGCGAUUAGCGGCCGUCAAAGGGUAUAUUGUCGCAGCCGCAAAGAGCGAGGGCACGACAGAGCUGGCGAUGUACGUGACGACGGACGGCGAGAAAUGGCAUCGGGCAGAGUUUGGCGAGCACAAGCUCGAGGAGGAUGCCUACACUCUGCUUGAGAGCACCAACUACAGCAUGCAGGUGGACGUCUUGGUCACGAAACCGGUGGAACCGAUGGGUGUCCUGUGGUCAAGCAACUCGAACGGAACUUUUUUUACGAAGAACGUUGAGCACACCAACCGCAGCCCGCGAGGAUUUGUGGACUUUGAGAAAGUUCAGAACAUUCAGGGAAUCGUGGUUGCCAACACUGUCCGGAACUGGGAGGACGUCGAAAGGAGUUUUCUUACGAGCAAGGAGGUAGUCACGAAGAUCUCCUUCGAUGACGGUCGAACGUGGCAGUCCCCGCAGGUGGACGACGAGGAUUUGCACUUGCACUCGGUUACUGACCAGCGAAAUGUUGGACGGAUCUUCUCAACUCCUGCGCCAGGCAUCAUCAUGGGCAUUGGAAACACUGGCAAAUACCUACUGCCUCGUGACGAAGGAGACUUGUAUGUCUCUGACGAUGCCGGGUUGACUUGGUAUAAGACACGCAACAAGCCUCAUCUGUACGAGAUUGCCGACCAGGGAGCUAUCAUAGUGGCUAUCAGGGAGGGCGAGACUGAUGAACUCAUUUACUCUCUGAACCACGGCAGGGACUGGGAAGAGGUCGACAUCGAUGAUGAUAUCUGGCCUAUCUCGCUCACGACUGUUCCCGAUUCGACCUCUCGGAAGUUUAUUCUCACCGCUGCAAAGGGCACAGGCAACGACAAGAAGUUCUUCAUCUAUUCCUUCGACUUCAACAAGCUGGAUGUGCCGAAAUGCAAGGACAAGGACUUUGAAGACUGGUGGGCUCGUGUAGAUAAAGAUGGCGAGCCGACGUGCAUUAUGGGCCACACUCAGAAGUUCCGGAGGCGAAAGCGGGAUGCCGAGUGCUUCGUACACGACGACAAGUUCAACGAAGCAAAGCCGAAGACCAGCGACUGCAAAUGCACCGAUGACGACUUUGAAUGCGACUACGAGAACGGUUUCACGCUGCAUGAUGGCGAAUGCAAGUUGACUGGCCAGACGAAGAAGCCCGAGGAUCUUUGCGAAGAUGGCCAGAAGACGUACAAGGGCUCGUCUGGGUACCGGUUGAUCCCCGGAAACACUUGUGUAAGGGAAAAUGGCAAAUCCAAAGACGAGCCGGUCGAGCGUAAGUGCAAAGAGCUCGAAAGGCCGGCACCGAGCGGCAAGAUCACCGCCGAAAUCACCAAGUUCAAGGGCGACAAGUUCAUGGAGUACUACUACCUCGAGCGAGGAGAGUCCAGCCGCGGAGAGCACGAAGCCGUGAUCAUGCGCACCGAUCGGAGAGAAGCCUACCUCACCCACGACCACGGCAAGAAGUGGGCUCCGAUUGUCGAGAAGGACGAAGUCGUGGCCAUCUACCCGCAUCAAUACAUUCAUGACUACGUCUAUAUCAUCACUCCAAGCAGUACCGUCUACUACUCUAAGGACUUUGGCAAGGACAUCCACGCUUUCGAGGCACCGACAAAGCCGAACCAGGAGCGCCUUCAGAUCCUGGUCUUCCACCCUACCGAGCCUGAUUGGCUCCUCUGGACUGGCGACAGGGAGUCCGGUGGCAGUCAGACGACCGCACAUGUCAGUACGCACGGCGGAGACAAAUGGGACCCGCUUCUUAGAUCGGUGCGAAAGUGCCAGUUUGUCUAUCGUGAAGAUCGACCAGGCAGCGAGAAGCUCGUUUACUGCGAGCAGUACGAUAACGAGGACCCGAAUGCGCCGAUUCUACUGCAGAGCUCGGAUGACUGGUUUGAUCACAAGAAGACUUUGAAGCGGGAUGUCAUCAACUUUGCUACAAUGGCAGAGUACAUUGUCGUUGCUGUGCGCGACUCUGAGCAGCAGAGCUUGCAGGUCGACACCAGCAUUGACGGGCAGGUGUUUGCGGACGCCAAGUUCCCGGCUGAUUUCAAGGUCCCGCAUCAGCAGGCGUACACUGUACUGGACUCGAGCACACAUGCGGUGUUCUUGCACGUUACUGUCAACAACCGCGAAGACCAGGAGUAUGGCAGCAUUCUCAAGUCGAACUCGAAUGGCACGUCAUAUGUUCAUGCUGUCAACUACGUCAACAGGAACAAGCUUGGCUAUGUCGACUUUGAGAAGAUGCAAGGCUUGGAAGGCGUCGCUGUCAUCAAUCGCGUGGCGAACGUUGACAAGGUCGAGGGUGGUGCUCAGAAGAAGCUGAAGACGUACAUCACACACAAUGACGGCGCUGACUGGGGCCUGAUACCACGUCCAGAGAAGGGCUUUGAUGGCAAAAAAUUCGACUGCAAUGGUGACAUCAAGUCAUGCUCGCUACAUCUGCACGGCUACACCGAGCGAAGAGAUCCGAGAGACACCUUCUCCUCGCCCAGCGCGGUCGGUCUGAUGAUGGCUACUGGCAACGUGGGCGACAGUCUCGGCUACAAGAAGGACGCUGAUACCUUCAUCACCAAAGACGGCGGCCUGACCUGGCAAGCUGCAGCUCCCGGCAACUGGAUGUGGGAAUACGGCGACCAAGGCAGCGUUAUCGUCAUCGUGAAGGAGGACAUGCCCACUGACUCCAUCCUCUACUCCCUCGACGAAGGUGACAACUGGACCAGAUUCGCCUUCACCGAGAAAGAAAUGCUCGUCGAGGACAUCACCACCGUCCCCUCCGACACCAGCCUCAACUUCCUCCUCUGGGGCAAGAUCGACGGCGACCUGCACACCGUCAACCUCGACUUCAGCGGUCUCGAAGAGCGCAGUCGCAAGUGCUUCCUCGACGAACAGCAACCCUUGAGCAAGAAAUCCGACUACGGCCUCUGGAGCCCCCGCCACCCAAGCAGCGACAGCAACUGCCUCUUCGGCCACGAAGCACAAUACCACCGCAAGAAACCCGACCGCGAAUGCCGCAAUGGCGGGCGGCAAGAAGUCCAGCAUCUCCACAACAUCAAGCAAAACUGCACCUGCACCCGCGCGGAUUUCGAGUGCGACUACAACUACAUCCGCAAAGCCGACGGGCACUGCGAGCUGUUCAAAGGUCUGUCGCCGCCUGAUCCGAAAGAUGUGUGCAAGAAGAAGGGCGUGAAGGAGUACUACGACGUCACGGGAUAUCGCAAGAUUCCGAUCUCGACGUGUCAGAGGGGGAAGGAGCUCGAUAAGCUCGAAUCCACUAUCAAACCCUGUCCAGGCUACGAGGAGGAUUUCCAGAAGAGGCACGGCCCUUCGGGUAUUGGCCUUUUCUUCGCCAUCGUGCUCCCCAUCGCCGCGGCGGCAGGCGUGGGCUACUGGGUCUGGAAGAACUGGGACGGCAAAUUCGGCCGUAUCCGCCUCGGGGACGGCAUGGGUCCGAUUUCAGGCCCUUCCGCUUCCGGUGCAUUCGAUCGUGAAGCACCUUGGAUCAAGUACCCCGUCAUGGCGCUCUCGGGCGUGGUGGCGGUGCUGGCGGCGCUGCCGAUGGUGGUGGGGACGGUGUACAGUGCGAUCGCGAGUAGAGUGGGGAGGAGAAGCGGCGGUGGAGGGGCGUACACGAGUCGGAGUAGUUUUGCGAGGGGGAGGCAUGAUUAUGCUGCUGUGCCGGAUGAUGAGGGGGAGUUGUUGGGGGAGGAUAGUGAGGAGGAGAUUUAG